AUGGAAAAUAAAAGCGGUUCUGAAUUUGAGGAUUAUCGUUAUUUUGAUCCUAAAUUGUACAGGCGUCAAGAUACUAAUAUACCUCGGGUUAAACAACCUUUUGAUGAAGCUUUUGUUUUUGUCAUCGGUGGCGGCAGCUAUGUAGAAUAUCAAAAUCUGUUAGACUGGGUUAAAUCAACUUGUAAUACUACAUCUAUUUCAUCUUCUGCUUCCUCAACAUCUCUGGCGACUUCUGUGAAUGGAGUGAACAAUCGGGCUAAUCAAGGAGUACACGAUGCAUCAAGUUCUCUUAAUCUUCGGGAACAACCUACUCAAAACACAUUACUUACGGUUGUACUGAUCUGUUGGGAAUGCUUGGAAAAGAGCUGUAAAUUGCAGUCGCAUUAUUCUGUGUUUCUCAGCCAACUGACUGCUUGUUUCACUAAACGUUUCAGAAAUGUCGAUGUAUUGGUGGGUGCUAUGUAA